AUGGGUGUCAGUUAUGGUUCACAAGGAUUCAUUUUGAUUCUUGUAGCUGUCUCUCUUUUUGCACUUGGUGAGGCUAAAACUGUGGUUGUAGGAGGGUCUCAAGGUUGGCGUUAUGGCUUCAACUACACUCAUUGGACUCUCAAAAAUGGCCCCUUUUACAUAAAAGACACACUUGUUUUCAAGUACGACCCACCAAGCAAUACCCGUGCUCAUGACGUGUACUUACUCCCAAACCUAUGGAGCUACAUAACAUGUGAUUUCAGGAGGGCAAAAUUGGUGGCAAACGCUACGCAGGGAGGCGGCGAGGGGUUUAAGUUUGUGUUGAACCAGUGGGGGCCUCACUACUUUGCUUGUGGCCAGGGUGCCAACAGCUCUCACUGCAAUCAGGGGCUCAUGAAGUUCUUCGCUGUGCCAUGGCCCCGCUGGCAUUUUUGA